AUGGCAUCUCUAAUGGAACGCCAGGAGAGGAGGUCUGUAGAGGCAUCUUCCAUGUUAGAGCAGUCAUCUUUGAUUCGGGAAUUCCAGAGAGUAUCGCUUGCCACCUUCACACUUAAGGGAGAAGCAGAGUUGUGGUGGCAGUCAGUUAAGAAGGAAGCUGGGCUGAGUAUGGUUUGGAGUUGGAGCAUGUUCAGCAACAAGUUCGACCAAAAGUAUUUUCCUGAUAGUGUUCGAGAAAAAAUGGUGUCUGAAUUUAUAUCUCUGGAGCAAGGAGCUUUAUAUGUGGCCCAGUACGAGGCUAGAUUCAUUGAGCUGUCUCAUUUUGCAUCGAAUUUGAUUUCGACCUCCAAUAUGAAAGCUCGUAAAUUUGAGAUGAGAUUUCAUCCUAGCUUGAGGAGUAGGGUAGUACCUUUACGACUCCCUACAUUUGUGGAGAUGACGGACCAAGCUAAGAUCAUAGAAGCGGAUUUCGAAGAGAUGAACAAGACUCAUGAUCAGCCGCUUCGAAGACAGGAUAAUAGGAACAAGAGGAAGGGAGGCCCAACCCAGCAUGUUCGUCCAUCGAAAAAGCUCGUUAGGCAAGGAUCAGCCAUUCAGGAACCCUAA